AUGACCCAGAUCCACCUCUGGCAGUCGUACCAAGCCACUUUCCUCAAGCACCAGCCAACCCAUGGAAACCUCAUAGCAGGAGAGUUCAUCAAGAAUGUCUCAAACACAUUCACCGGUGCAUCUGCCCAAGUCGCAAACUCCAAAUACGUGAUCAAAGGCAUAAGACCCCGCAAGAUCGCUCACGACAUUGAGGGUAAGGACCUCGUCAAGUGCUGCUGGCGCACUGAUCCCACAGACGUCGCACAGGAACACAUCGCCAUCUUCGCCAACGAAAAUGGCAAGGAGUGUGGCGAGUUCUUCUCCAACGGUCCAAAGCUCUGGGAACACAUCCUGUCUUCUCACCUGAAGGUCCCAAAGAAGGCACCGACAACUGUCAACGGUGAUACUUCACAACCACCACAGAGCACUUCGAAGGCCGCUGCUUUCGACUUUGCUGCAGCCGAUUCGUCCUUGUCAUACGGUUGCAAAUGGAGCAGCUGUUCUCGCCAGAUCCCGAGUGAAUACAACUUGCCUGUCGGCCUUGCACUGUUGGCUCGCCACAUCAACACACAUCUGCCAGACGCCGGUCUACUGGCUGAGCAAAGACGUCUGAAUCAGCACAACUCAAAGGACGUCGAAGAGCCCGUUCCCAGCAACCGCGUCUGGCACCGCACAAUGGCAGACGAACGCAACGACGCUGCCGGCCUGCCGUUAGGGUCUGCACUCGUGUUGCGAAACAUUGCUCGUGGUGUCCGUAAGAUGGNNCACCCAGCGCGAACGGAGCAGCCGCCACCGCUGCUGCCGUUGAAGAAAAGGCACACCCCGCCGAUGAUGACGAUCAGCCUCAUCGCGAAGGUGAAGAUGACGAGCUUGCUGUCGCUAUGCCCGAGCNCACCUGCCCCACCAUCAGCCGAGCUGAUGAAGAAAAUCUUCGACCCCAUCAGAGAGAAGCUCUUCUUCGCCAUGGCACACAAUCCUACUCUCAAGGAUCACCUGACCGCUGUCCUCUGUGCCAUUUCCAAUGGUGGAGGUUAG